GUCACGUCGAAGCUUUGCGCAUACGUAUCGCUAACACGAGAACAUAGCCGCCAUGGAAAGUCCUCACGAACAACAGCAAAGCCUCCUUCUCUCGCGAAUUAUCACGAAUAUUGAGAAACUGAACGAGGCAGUCGCAAUGAUGAACCGAAAUUUACAGGAAGUCAAUGUACAGAACAUGAACGUUGAGCUCGUUGCGCAAAUGUUCAAAAAUUACCAGUCUAACGUGCUGUUUCAUCUGGAGGCCACGGAGACCUUGAAGGAUCCCAUUUGAAUACGCAAUUGAUCUGAAAACGACCAACAUUGACAGUCCUGUGAGGAGAAGCUGCACACGCAUCAAUCAAUGGUCGAUAUACUAUUGCGACUCUGCAGGACGCGUCACGACACUGUCUUUACUUUACAGCACCCUUCGUUUGUGCAAUGUUCAUGCGUGCUAUCUGACAAGAGGCCGCACAUGCGCGCCGAAUGCGCCCACAGCAAUUUCUAAAAGGGAGCAACUUGAACCGGAGAAGUCCCCGAGAGCAGAAGGAAGAUCCAGUUCCAUAACAGGGAGCAGUGGUGGCGGGGCAAACUAUAAAGCCAAAAGAUAUUGGGAUAAUGCAAGUCAUGUUGAUACAUCAUACAAAUGUUGGUAUUAGCUGGCUGUCAUCCUAAGCGACGUCUCGAUCUCAUGGUCGCAUCGACUUUGCUUCUAUGCAUUAUUAGAAGAUCAACAUGAGGUUCUGCUCCGGGAGGCGGGGUGGGGGGGAGGAGGUUGAUGACACCGACAAAUGCAUGCACAGUUAGGCUGUCGCAUCGGCCAGAUACUAAAUAAGUUGAGGUGGGUGACAAGAAGACUCGGAGCAUGUACAUCGGGCAGCGAAAGAAAGGCGUCAUCGAGGAAUGUCAUUACACCACAAAUGUUCGUCUCAACAACCCCACGGUAAACUACGAAAUGAUACGAGUCGCUGCUGAGGCACGUCCUAUAACUAAAAUUCUGGUCUCGAAAAAUCUGCUGUAUAGCUCAUUUGUCAUGUUCCCCGAUUACAGGCGCACAACCCACGGUGAACUCCUGGCAUGUUGUGUAGGGCUGCACGAG